AUGUGGCUCAUUCGAUUUGAAGGUGCAGCAGCUGAAGGUGGUAGAACACCAAGUGUAUGGGACACCUUUACCCAUAAAUAUCCUGAAAAGAUCAAAGAUGGAAGCAAUGGAGAUGUAUCCCUUGACACAUAUCAUAGAUACAAGGAAGAUGUUGCGAUGAUCAAAGAUAUGAAUUUGGAUUCCUACAGAUUCUCCAUAUCAUGGUCUAGAAUCUUGCCCAAAGGAAAGCUUAGUGGUGGUAUAAAUCAAGAAGGAAUCAACUAUUACAAUAAUUUCAUUGACGAACUAUUGGCUAAUGGUGUACAAGACAAAGUAUCAUAUAUGUAGGGCUGAUCCAACCUUUCUUGAGGCCUAAAGCAAAAUCUUAGUAAAAGUUGAGAAAAAAAAAAAAGCACAGACUUUUUUAGUAAUAAUAAUCAUUUUAUUUAAAUUUUACCUUUUUUUACUUUUUAUU